AUGGCAACGAAAUCAUCUUAUCGAAAAUUAAUUGCUCUUAGUCAAAUUCUUCAAUGUAUAUCUGAUGCCACAGUAGAUGAUGAAAUUCAAAUGACUGAAACUAUGGCAGUGAUGAAGGAUAAUAAAGAAGAAUUACAACGGUUUAUUAUUCGUGAAAUAUUUCAAUUGUUGAAUUCGGUCGAUGGUGUUGCAAAAUUAAAACCAGCAUUAUAUCCUUGUGAAAGAAUCAAGAUAUAA